UGCAUGCCCAGAGGCAUGGCCAAAAAUUUUUUUUUAUUUCAAAAGUUUAAAAAUUAUUAAUUUGAUUAAACCCUGGCUGGCCCUUAAGUGCACAUCUUUUUAUUUAUUAUUUUUCCAGCAUUAUUGAGGUAUGACAUAAAACAUUAUGUACAGUGUUAUAGGUGUACAAUGUAGUGAUUUGAUUUGAUACACUACAUACAUUGUGAAAGGUUUACCACAAUAAUGUUAGUUAACAGUUGGACACAUAAUUACCAUUACCUCUCAUAAUUACCAUUUCAUUGAUUUAUGGUGAGAACAUGGAAACUCCUCACAGCCACUUUCUAGUAUAUAACUCAGUUUCGCUGUCUAUAGUCACCGUGCUGCACCUGAUAUCCCCAGAACUUAUUCACCUGUAACUGAAAAUUACACCUCUCGUUACUGUUCUCUGCGAGCUGAACGGGGAGGAGACUCGAAGCCCUGCUGCCCACUGAAGAGACAUGGUGUCUUAGGAAACAGCACUGGCGCAGCGGUCCGGCUUUCGAGCUAAACCAGCUGCCUUUUCAUGGAACGCUGUUCUGCUUGAAAGACUGACAGACUAUAGUUCAGACCUGAGUAUCUGAGCGGCAUUUUCCUGUAAAUGAAAGAAGUGAUCCUGUUGUUUCAUGGAAAUCAACUGACAGUGCUUAUUUCCAGUGAUAAAAUUCAAGCCGUCAAGUGGAAAUUAGAAUUUUGGAAAACUUGUAUCUGCCACUAUGAGCAAAACAGCUUCACAGUAGAGUUUUCUGAUAACAUUAAUGGGCAAGUACAUCGCCUCAACACAGCGACCUGACGGGACCUGGCGAAAGCAGCGGAGGGUGAAAGAAGGCUAUGUGCCCCAGGAGGAGGUCCCAGUGUAUGAGAACAAGUAUGUGAAGUUUUUCAAGAGCAAACCAGAAUUGCCCCCCGGCCUGAGCCCAGAGGCCACUGCCCCCGUCUCCGCAGCCAGGCCCGAAGGCGGUGAGCCAGCCCUCUCCAAGGCCGCCAGACGCAACCUGAAGCGGAAGGAGAAGAGGCGGCAGCAGCAGGAGAAAGGGGAGGCGGAGGCCCUGAGCCGGACUCUUGAGAAGGCGUCCCUGGCAGAGACAGCCCAGGUCCCCAGUGCCCCACAGGCCUCCCGGGCGGCGCCCGCCGCCGCCUCAGACCAGCCCGACUCGGCCGCCACCACGGAGAAGGCCAGGAAGAUCAAGAGCCUGAGGAAGAAGCUGCGGCAGGUGGAGGAGCUGCAGCAGCGGGUCCGGGCCGGGGAGGUCAGCCAGCCCAGCAGGGAGCAGCUGGAGAAGCUGGCGCGGAGGAGGGCCCUGGAGGAGGCGCUGGAGGGCUUGGAGCUGGGCCUGUGA